UAGAAUUGAAGAAAACGCGUUUUCCUAAAGCACUAUUAGUUUUGUGUGAGUGCUAUACGAUUUUACAAUUUUAGGUGACCACUGAGUGGUAGCAUAACACUAAUUGUCAAGGUUUAUGUGAUCUGUAGUGAUGACACAGUAUAUUAUGAGCUGACUAAAGCAGUCAGCUUGCACCGUAACCUGUAACACCACCGACCCAGAAGGCCGAAGCGCUGAUCCAGCACAACGAAGGAGCUUUCAGCCGUGGAAUAUGCGGCCGCCGCCGCCGCCGCCGCCGUUCCUGCGUUAGCCUCUGAUGCCCUCCGGCGUAGCCCAGAUCGCGGCCGCGGUGGGGGAGAAGCAGCCUGCACGUUUGCCAUGGCCACGGCUGUUUCUCUCGUCUACUUGGUCGGGCUCGUUGGGUAAACUCAUGCUCUCCGCUCUUGGGACUUUGACGCCGUGACCGAGCCGAAGCUGCCUGCACUUGCUUUUUCAUACUUGCGGGUAUGGGUUUGGUAUCCUUCACGGUCAUAAUUAGAUGCUGAUUAACAGAUAACAACAUAGUAAAGUCAUGUUUCAGCGUUGACGAAGAACAAUUCAAAGUCUAGCUCCUUCAGGUUCAAUCAUGAUGUGGUAGUUGGUUCCGAAUCUAUCACCAGACAUGUAGCACUAAGGAGGGCGAUCGACAAAUCAAUCUAGUUAUGUUACGACUCAUGACUUCAGGAAGAUAUAUAAGCAAUUGAAGCCACCUAGGUUAAUCCCUAAUCUCUGAACCUAGCAAGCUAGAUCCGGCGGUACAGGUGCUCCGAUCCUAGCAUGGCUCAAGAAGGAAAUGGAGCUGAAGAGACGCCUUUGGAAAAGGGAAUUCGAUACCUGAACAAGCGCAUCCAAUCCUCCUCACUGGUUGUCAUGGUUCUCGCCGCCGGCAUCGUCGUGCCGAUGGCUGUCGAGCAUUCGAACAAGCAGCAGCGGGCCAUGCACCUGCCCACGGUGUUCUUCAGCUACCUCACCUUCGUCUCCGGGAUCUCACUUCGCGGCCUCGUCGCCGAGUUUCUCAACCCCAAACCAGGUCGACGCCGGUACGUCGCCAUCAAGGCGUUCGUCCACGCUUGCGCCCUCUUGCUCGUCUCCCUCUCCUUCUCCCUCUCGCUCAUGAUGCGCAUGAAUAUCGUCGUGACGUCCUUGACUCUCGCCACGGCGGCGGCGCUCAUCGCGCACCGGUUGUGGCAGUGCGCGGCGACGGGGCUUAAGGCGGAUUUGAACGCGUACAUGGGAUGCGAGGAGGAGCUCCAGCAGCUUCUCGAGCUGUCCACCAACGUCAAGUCCAUGCUGUUCGGCGGGUGGUUCGGCAUGGCCUUCUUCUACUUCCAGAACUACCCGGAGGAGGCCCGCGACGCGCGGUUCCUCUACUCCGAGUACCUCACCUUCUUCACAUCCGUCGCGGCGUCGCUCAUGCUCCUCAAGGCCGUUCCGGGGAAGCAGGUGCAGGACCGGCAGCCGGUGAGGGAGCUCAUGGCGCUGAUAUGCGCGCUCGUCACCGGCGUCGUGACGACGGCGCUCGUCAUCGCGGCAUCCAAGGUGCGCGGCUACGCGGCGCUCGCGCUCGUCCCCGAGGCCGUCGCGCUCGCCGCGUGGUGCACGCAGUGGGCAAGGGACAGGCUUAAGCUGCCGGUCAGCCUGCCGCCGUGGCUCCGGAACGACGGCCACGGCGGUGGGACUCAGGACGAGCCGUCGUCGCACAGCUUCGUGAGCGUGUCGUUGACGCUGCUGCUGGCGGUGCUGACCUACCGCGCCAAGGACGUUGAUCGGGCCAUGUCCACCCUGUACGACGAGGCGUUCAUUCUGGUUACCACCGGCGCCGUGGUGGCAGCGCUGGGGUGGAGGCUGCUCACCCAGCCGCCAACGCCGACCGGGGCGCCGGGGGUUCAGGCGGCGGCGAAGAUACUAGCGUUCUCCACGUUCUGCCUGCUGGUCGUGAGCGUGCUGGCGUUCAUCGGUGUCAUGUUCGGUUGGUAGUUACUAAGAGUUGUUAAUUAGAGUGCACAUGUUCUUGUAUGUGUAAAAGAAUCGGUGUCAUGUUCGGAACAUGUUUGCCGCAAAGAACGCCAGGGCAUCGAUGAAAUGCAAGAGUGGUUGUUGUGUGCUCCAUGAUUGGGUAACAUUAAUGCCCAGUGGUACUGCACACCGUGUCUAAUUUUUUUUACCGAAUUGACAC